ACCGACAUGUGGCAUUUGAGAUUAAACCUCAAAUUAUUUAGUUAACACGGCUCCGGACAGAAUCUGACGCCAUACCUACAACGCCAACACAACUCUCUCUUAUCUCCGUCACCUGAAGCUCACACACCGGUUCGUCGGAUUCACAUUCAGCGCAUUUGAUUCGAGCAACAUGAACAUUGACUGGAUCCUUGACAAUGGCUACUUGCCGCAUGCUGUCAUACGUGUGGGCAUUCGGCGCCAGCUACAAGAGCGAUUGAAUGAGAUCAAGAGCGCAUCACUAGCCGCUAGUUAUGAGCGCAAGUUAUCCUACAUCCAGCAACUCCGUGAUCGGCCCAUAGCAGUGGAAACCGCGACCGCGAACAAGCAGCACUAUGAAGUUGGCACUGGCGUGUUAGCUGCUUGUCUUGGGGCCACAUGCGGCUGGGGCUCCGGCGCUCUGUAUUUCGCCGAGGUGCUGCCAAACUCCAAGAUAACUGCUUUCUCCAAUUCGAAGACGCAGAAGGAAUACAUCGACGGCAAAGCACAGGCGAAAGGACUAAAGAAUCUGACAGUCAUUACUGGGAACGUGGUUGACUAUGAGUUCCAGCCCGAGUCAUUCGACAGGGUUGUCUCGAUCGAGCUGUUUGAGCACAUGAAGAACUAUGAACUGCUCAUGGCCAAGGUUGCCAGAGCGCUUAAGCCCGGUGGUAGGCUGUUUGUGCACAUUUUCGCCCACCGGACCACGCCCUAUGACUAUGAGGAAGGCUGGAUGACAACUCAUUUCUUCACGGGAGGCACCAUGCCUUCCGCUGACCUUCUCCUCUACUUUCAACGUGAUCUACAGAUCCGUCAGCAGUGGUGGGUCAAUGGCGUCCACUAUUCCAAGACGUGCGAGGACUGGCUUGCCAAGAUGGUGGACAGCAAACAAGACAUUUGGCCGCACCUGGUCGCAACGUACGGAGAGCAAGAUGCCCACGUAUGGUAUAAUCGCUGGCAAAUAUUUUACUUGGCAUGCUCAGAGCUCUUUGCAUACGAAGGCGGGGAUACAUGGGGCGUUGCCCAUUAUUUGUUUGAGAAGCCAAUAGCUUAGUACGAGACAGGGUAAUCCACAGUGAUGGCAAGCCUGGGCCGAAGAAAUGAACUUGGCUAGGU